GAGAGUCAUGUGGCGUGCAUUCCCCCACGUCAUGAUGAUCGAUGCAACGUACAAGACAAACAUAUACAAUAUGCCCUUUAUCCAGAUUGUUGGUAUGACGCCUACCAACAAAUCGUUUAUUAUCGCGCCUGCCGUUGUUAGUAAAGAACGGGGUGAUAACUUUGUGUGGGUGCUUGAGAGGGUUAAGGCAAUGUUGGAUGAAUGUAUGGAGCCACGUGUGAUUUUAACGGAUAGAGACCUAGCCCUUAUGGGCGCGUGUGCUAAAGUAUUUCCAGACGCCUCCAGGCUUCUUUGCAGGUGGCACAUACAACAGAAUGUUAUGAAGCACUGCAAGGGUGCCUUCACAGACGACGACUGGAAGAAAUUUAUGUCAUUCUGGGGGACAUUGAUUGAGUCUCCAUCCAUACCCAUCUACGACUACCACUUGCGCAACAUGCGAAAGCGACUUGGGGAGUGCAAACGUUCUAGAGUCUUCAAAUACGUGUACGAUAACUGGCUAAAAGACUAUAAGGAGAUGUUUGUCUUUGCGUGGACUGAUAAGAGGCGCAACUUUGGUAAUUAG